CCCCAAAUUCUUGCACCACAAUCAACAGCUUCUACUCAUUCUCUCGGAAUACUGCUCCGUCUCCUCUCUGGUUUAGGAGAUUUUUUUCUUUUGAUCGGCGUCGGAGAGAUUGAUUCUUGGUUGCUUGAAGGAUGGAGAACAGCCGGAGUGAGCAGCGAGACGUCGGGUUCAAAUUCGAUCCGACCGACGACGAAUUGGUGCUGGGUUACUUGCUGAGCAAGCUUCGAGGCAAGCCGCUUCCCUCCGACGAAUACGUGAAGGACUGCGACGUUUAUGGCCAGGAGCCGUGGGAAAUUUGUGAGAAAUUCCGCGUCCACCCUUCCUCCCGGUCCCGAUUCUGGUGCGAAGACGACGAGGGCGAUCUCUACGUUUUCACUCCUCUGAGGAAGAGAAGUAUCGGCGGGUCUAGGCACGACCGGAGAGUGGGAACGGGUGGAGGGUAUUGGCACGGGGAGGACGCCGGCAAGGUUUCUUGGUCCUCCGACCGCCAGAUUUGCUGGAUCAACAAGAGGUUCAAGUACAAGAGCGACGGCAGCAGGGGUAAUGCCGCGGCGAAGAAUCAGGACGGGUGGAUUAUGCACGAGUACAGCCUCCAUAAACCGGCUCCGUGGCUGGGGCUGGACGAGUCGUCGUUCGACCGCUACGCGCUAUGCAGGAUCCGGAAGAAUGAGAAGAAGCGGAAGGCCGCGCAGGGGAAGACCAAAGUGUACUAUCUCGAAAUCGACGAGGAGGAUGAUGAUGAAGUGAAGGAAGAGUUGAAGGAAAUAAUAGCAGCCCGUGGUGGCGAAUCGAAUUCGUCGAAGCAACAAGAACAACGGUGGCUGUCGCCAGUCGGGGGUGCUGGUGCUCCGGCAGCUUCCCCUGCUUCUAGUGUUGGAUCUGCUGCUUUCGCGGCUUCUCCUCCGGAUUUUGAUCCCCAGAUCAAACAGCUACGGCAAUGGAUAGAACGUAGUGCUCCUUCUUUUUCUUCUGAUGCUGAUCAUUGCGGUCCAGCCUUAUGCGAGGAAGAGCAAUGGGAAGCUCUUCGAAAGGCGAUCGGAAUGGAUUUCUGACUGUGAGAAGCUUCGUUGAUGGAAAAGCUUCACUUGCCCUGUUCUCAGAAAUGCUUUACCUUUACAAACGCAAGUUGAUAGUUAGAUGCUUUCUCUGUACAGAUCGCGUAUAUAUGUGUGCAGAGAGACAUAGUUAAAUGCUUACCCUGAAUUGUUUACUAAUCAUG